UGGGGAGAGAGAAGGGGCACGCACAGCAGAAGUUAUCAAAUUGCCUCUAAUCUAGGACAUUGCAAAUGAGGACUUUUCAGCUUGGAAACAUUUAGAUUUCCAGCAGAGGAGCCUGCAGUUGAGGAAAAACCUGUACCAGGAGGUGAAUUUAUUUUGGAUUGUCUUUGGCAUGAAUGAUAUCCAUUGUUGAGAGCUUUUGGGCAGGGCCAAUGGGUGCUGUGUAUACCGUCUGCUGCUGUCGCUACCAUCUGCAACACAACAGAGAAGAGAAGAAGGCUAUUUUACACAUGCAACCCACCAAGACUCCCAGGCCACCAGAGCUGCUAUCCAGUGAGUCAAGUGACAGUGACCUGGGUGACGAGAGCCUUUUUGGGCCACCGCCUCUGAGAAAGAGCCCUUGGAGCAUCCAGCAGAGCCAGAGAACCACAGUUGACCCAUGGGCCACCACAGACAGACCUAAUGCCUCUGUCAUGACCAGAGAGUCAGACAGAGAAUUACAGGCUUUCAUCAGCAUGAGAGACCAGACCGACAAAGACACCGAGGAAUGGGAGAAGCUGAAUUUUGACAUACACACUCUACGCUACGCCAGACGAGAGGUCAGCACUCGAUGGAAGAAAAUUCUACUGCAGCUAGGUUACCAGUGCGAGGUGGAGGCCCUGCUGUGUGUGAACAGACAGAGCCGGCUGAGUCGAGACUGGGAGCAGCUCAACAGAGCGGCUGAACUGUUGCAACAAGUGCUGGAUCACACCUGUCUGUUUCCACAAGGGACAGGAGAACAGAACAAAUACCUUUAUGUUAUGGACCGUCUGGUGUCUCUGGACAGUGCCGAUGACUUUAUCAGAUUGGCCAAAGAAAAAUACCCCAAGAAAGAAGACUGAGAGAAAGAAAUAAAGAAAGAAUAAAGGGGUGCAAAGAAGAUCAUGUUAAAAAUACUGAUUAAUUCUGUAUGGUUAACUUGUAAAUCAUGUGAUCAUGUGAUUUUUAAAAUGAUGUUCACAUUUCACACAAUAUGUGAAUUUUUUCUCAAACUUUGUGUUUUCUGAUACUUUUUUUGUCAUGUAAUUGUUUAUUGUUGUGUCAGAAAUAUUGAUGAAAUUUGUUAUGGGCCAUGAAAGUAACCAGGGUUAGAUAUGUCAUCUUGAUUGUAACGCAUCUUAUUCUAUUAUGUUGUUGGCGAAUUGCACUUUUACACUUUCAAUAUUAUGCUUGUGGAAAUUGUAGGCAUGUGUUUAUAUUGCUGCAUUUGUCUUCAAAUGUGAUGACUGUAGAAGUGCCGCUAUUACCGCUCGUACAGACACUGUGCAGAUACAGAAGAA